AGUGCGGCCGGGUCGCGAGGACCUGACCCUGGGACCCAGAGCCUCACCCCGCAGCCCCCAGCUCUUCUUGGGGUGACGCGUCCCACACCAAGCCCUUGACAGGAAUCUUCUCCACUUUCUCUCCCCUCGUUCGCUGGAGUCUCUGGAAUCUUCUUCCCGUGGGAUGGGGAGCAGGGUCACCUCAGCCCUUCUCCCUCCCCCCUUUUCUUCUUUCAAAUGUCAUGGGACAAGGUCCCCGAGAAAGGCCAGGGUCGACUCCUCUGGUGGACCUGAGCUGUGCUGUCCUGUCUUUCUCACCCUCCCCGUUCUGGCCAGGCUCCUGGGGACUCUCCCCUCAUCUUUCCGCCUGCUCUGCCUAGCGUAGCGUACAUUUCACCUGCGCUCACCCUCAGGCGAGACCGCAAAGCCCUUUGCUCUGGACCAAGCGUUCCCAAGGCCCUGGGAAAGGAGUGUGUGGCUGUGUCUUUAAGGGCAGGGUAGCUGAACAGUCAGUUCCCCCACAUUUCAGGAGUUCGGGGAGCAGAGAAUUGCAGUGGUUCCUGUGGCUUCAGGACAGCAGGCAAUGAGCAAGUAGACUCUGGACCAUGCAUGGGGUAGCAAAGGGGCCACUGGGGAGGAGUCGGGACAAGGUUUCUACCUCACCCAGGGCCUUACUUAGUGCAGAGGAACACUGGUCGGAUGAGAAGCAGCAAGGGAGGGAGGAGCUAGCCUGACCAAGAGUGAUAUUUGCUUUACAGAGUGAUCCCCACCUAGAGAAUCAGGACCUCACUUCCUGGAGAAUGGCCCAGAGGUCUCCACAGGAACUCUUCCACGAGGCAGCCCAGCAGGGAAAUACAGGUGUGCUCCUGGGCUUGCUCCUGGUGUCCUUCGUCAUCCUCGUGGCCCUCAUCACCGUGCUGUCAGGCAUUGGCGUCGCAGAGUGUGGCAGCAUAGGCAGUGGUGGUGUCUACUCCAUGAUCUCCUCAGUCCUUGGUGGGCAGAUGGGAGGCACUGUUGGGCUGUUGUACGUGUUUGGGCAGUGUGUUGCAGGUGCCAUGUACAUCACCGGCUUCGCGGAGUCCAUCUCAGAUCUGCUGGGCCUUGGGAAUAUCUGGGCUGUGCGAGGAAUUUCAGUUGCUGUGCUUCUGGCUUUGCUGGGCAUCAACCUAGCUGGUGUCAAGUGGAUAAUCCGCCUCCAACUGCUGCUGCUGUUCCUAUUGGCUGUCUCGACCCUGGAUUUCGUGGUGGGUUCUUUCACCCAUCUGGACCCAGAACAUGGUUUUGUUGGAUACUCCCCAGAACUGCUAGAGAGCAACACUCUGCCCGAGUACAGCCCCGGGGAGUCUUUCUUUACUGUGUUUGGGGUGUUCUUCCCAGCAGCUACAGGCGUCAUGGCUGGCUUCAACAUGGGAGGAGACCUGAGGGAGCCUGCUACCAGCAUACCCCUAGGCUCCCUGGCAGCUGUUGGCAUCUCGUGGUUUCUGUACAUCAUCUUCGCCUUCCUGCUCGGUGCCAUCUGUACCCGAGAGGCCCUCCGCUCUGACUUCCUGAUAGCUGAAAAGGUGUCUCUGGUUGGCUUCCUCUUCCUGUUGGGCUUGUACAUCUCAUCGCUGGCGUCCUGUAUGGGGGGACUCUAUGGAGCCCCCCGGAUCCUGCAGUGCAUCGCCCAGGAGAAAGUGGUUCCUGUACUGGCCUUUCUGGGGCAAGGGAAAGGGCCAAAUAAAACACCUGUAGCAGCCAUCUGCCUGACCAGCUUGGUGACUAUGGCCUUCGUCCUUGUGGGCCAGGUGAAUGUUCUGGCACCCGUUGUCACCAUCAGCUUCAUGCUGACCUACAUCGCUGUGGACUACUCUUACUUUGCCCUCUCCAUGGCUCACAACAGCCUCCCCCAGUCUCCGGAACCGGUGCCCAGAGAAGAUCCAGGUCCUCUACGCUGCUCCGAGCACCUGCUCCAGGACAAGGCUCCCAGCUACGGCUCUGACACCCCUGCUGGAAGCCUCGCUGAGGGCACCCUGCUAGAGUUCACCAAGGACAUGGAUCUGCUACUCCAUCCCUUAGGGAGGCACGAGAGCCCGCUUGGGUCAAGAGAGGAAAACCAGAUCCCAAAGAGGCAGAAGGGGAAGUACAAGCAAGUCACCAAGCGAACCCUACAAGAUAGCUUCCUAUUGGACUUGGGGUCUCCUUCGUCCUUUCCUACAGAAGCCUCUGGUGGGCUGCCCGCUGCCUCCUGGGAGGAGCAGGAGUCCUGUCAGAACCAGCAGGCUUUAGGGAGUGAAUCGCAUGAGCAACUUGUCCUGGACCUGUGCAGCCAGCCAAGAGGGAAUAGAGAAGAUUUCUUUCUGAAAUGCCGACUUCAGGAACAAGAGGUCCAGAGGAGACCAAGUGCCUUCUACACUCACAUGUGUAACCCCUGGGUCUCCCUGUUAGGGGCUGUUGCGUCCCUCCUCAUCAUGUUUGUGAUCCAGUGGGUCUAUACCCUAUUUAGCAUGGGUGUUGCUGUCAUUGUGUAUUUCUACAUUGG